AUGAACCCCGCUUUACCUAAUACCUGGGACAUGGAAAAUGACAAUGAUCGUAAACGAAUUCCAUUGAAGUUCACCUCAAAAGAAUAUGUUCAAGUCUUGAAACAAUUUGAUGACGCAAAUAUGAAGGGAAAAUACACGGAAAUAAGAAGAAUUGAACGGAUACAGAAUGAACGAUGGUUUUUACAAUACUCAGCCCAUCGUGGUGAAUUCAAACAGCGUUUCAAUGAUAGUUCCUACGAAAAGUCUCUAUUUCAUGGUUGUACAGACGUAACUGUUAAUUCAAUUAUUAAUCAAAAUUUUAAUCGUGCAUAUGCCGGUGUAAACGGAAUUGUGUAUGGUAAGGGCUGUUAUUUUGCGGUAUCAGCUGGAUACAGUCACAGCUAUGCAACUCCAAACUCUUUGGGUGAACGACAUAUGUUUUUAGCAAAAGUUUUAACUGGAAAAUCAGCUAUUGGAAACUCAUCAAUGAACGUACCACCGGCUGGCUAUGAUUCAACGACUGACGGCAACAAUAUAUUUGUUACUUAUCAUGACGCCCAAGCAUACGCAGAGUAUUUAAUUGUGUAUAAAUAG